GAGCUACUUUCAUGGUCCUUGGUUCUGCUUAGUUCUUUGAACCACGGACUCUAGAAUCUGGAAUCGAUUCUUUUUAGUGAAUUGAAUUAUUUUAUAUUUGUUUCUUGUGAACUAAAUUGUAUAAAAAAAUGGAAGAUGAGCCAAAUACAUUCAUUCGAUUUAUGCACAGUUUAUUCGCGUUAAUAGAUAGACCGGUCGUCUUUUUCCGAGAAAAGAUCGUUGUACCGAAUCAGAAAAAGUAUCCAUGGUACCAUCAACAAUUUCGUCGUGUUCCAACAAUCGAAACGUGUGACAUCGAGGACAUCGUUUGUCGAAUAGAAGCAGAUUCUCAAUUCAAACGCGAUAAGAUGGUUGAUGAGGAGAUUGUAGCUAUUCUGAGACAACGUUACGAAGAUUGUGCAUGGGAAAACUACGAAGACAAGGAACUUUGUUUGGAUUUACAUAAAACUUAUGAAGAUGCUGCUGAAGCAUAUUUUAUAAAAUAUGGUGAUCUUGGUAUUAAGUGCGAUGUAGUUAACGCAUUUAUGAAACAAAAGCAUCGUAUGAUCUGGGAACGACGACAUGGCCCAGUUGGUAGUGGUAUGAACGAAAAGUUUGCUACGGUAUAAUAUUAAAUUAUGUAGGUUAUUGAUGUAACAUAUAUCUCAUUUUGAGAUAAAAGUUGUGUUUACAUCAUUGUAUAGAAAGUUCAUAUAAGGGACAAAAUAAAUAUGAAAAAUUUGAAAUUGUGCCUUCCUUUUUCUUAAAACUAAAGGUUUUUAAUUUCUAUGCCUAGUCUAUAAUCUAGAAAUUCUCUUUCUUUUUCAUUAAUGUCUUAUUGCAACAAUAUAUGAAGACAUCUAUAUGUAUUGUAUACGUAUAACAAAUUAUUUUAUUAAAUACUUGUUUAGAAGAUUCCAUCGAUCAUGUAUACUAUACAUUUUUGUUUACAUUCGUUAUUACAAUAAAACUGUCUGAUACAAUUAUUAAUUACAAA